GGGCAGGAAAACCACCACCCGGUCUCCAUCUAGAUGUCGUGAAAGGAGACAAACUCAUAGAGGUUCUACAAGAGUCAUGCAUUUCCCUGUUUCCAGUAACCUCCCCCCCACCAGUGUCCCUGACCUAUGCUGUCACAGGCCUUUUGAGCAACUGCAUUUAGAAGCUAAUCAUCGAUGAGAAGAAGUACUACCUGUUUGGGAGGAAUCCAGACCACUGCGACUUCACCAUAGAUCACCAGUCCUGCUCCAGAGUCCACGCUGCUCUAGUCUACCAUAGGCACCUCAAGCGUGUGUUCCUCAUUGAUCUCAAUAGCAGUGAGUGCUUUUACAAACACCUUUUCACACACACUUGUUUCCAUUAAUGUGUUUUCUAGCAUGAAAACAAGACCACCUAGAAAUGUUCACAAAGGCUGUAUAUGAUCCCAGCCAUCUAACACAUUGUAACCUGUGUGGCAAAUAGGACCAUGGAGAAGGACAAUGGACCUCUUUCUCGAAUGCAGUUAAGAAAAAGUUAAGCUCACCUCACUGGUAUGCUGUUGCAUGUGACAAUUAAACCUUGAACUUGCACGUGGACUUGAACAUCAGUCAUGUAAAUUGAACCAUGCCAUCGAAUAAUUAGUGAUAAAUCGCGCUAUUUAAAGGGCCAAGUCUGUACCAUACACAAAAAAAAUGGCACAUUUACUGCUUUUGGAAUAUAUCGCGUAUCGUUCGCUGAGGAACGAGCGCCUGUACCGCGACCAUGUGGACCUAUUCGCUGAGAGCGAUGACUACCUCAUUGAACGCUUCAGGCUUCCAAGACCUGUCCUCCUGGAGCUUUGCAACACCUUGGAGCCAGCACUGAGGACCCGGACCAAACGCUCCAACCCUGUGCCACCACACGUCCAGGUACUGUCCGCCUUGGGCUUUUUAGCCACUGGGACAUUCCAGAGGGAGCUGGGAGACAGGGUGGGCAUAUCGCAAUCAACCAUCAGCCGCGGUCUCCAGCAAGUUGUGGAUGGAAUCGUCCAACUGGUCCCACAAUACAUCCGGUUUCCAUACACUGACCAGGAACAGAUCCCAGUGAAGAGAGCCUUCCAUGCCAUUGCUGGUCUGCCCAACACCAUCGGCGCAAUAGACUGCACACACGUGCGCAUCAAGGGACCCUCCCCAGAUCCGUUCCCCUACCUCAAUAGAAGACAGUACCACUCCAUCAAUGUCCAAAUCAUCUGCGACGCCCAGAACCACCUGCUCAACGUAGUAUCCCGCUUCCCAGGAGGUGCCCUUGACUCCUACAUCUUACAAAACAGCUCUGUGGGGGUGCACCUCGAGCAAGGAGACGCUGGAGACGCAUGGCUAAUUGGUAAGUAUCUGUGCGGAAUUAAUUGUUCAACAGCAACAGUAGGCCUCUAUUCUAUUCUAAUGACUUUUUUUUUAUUAGGAGAUCACGAGUAUGCGCUGGCCCCUUGGUUAAUGACCCCACUCACCAACCCUGAGACGGAACAGGAGGUGGCCUACAACGAGAGGCACGCCCGGGCUCAUUCCACCGCUAAGCACAGCAUCAGGCUGCUGAAAAAACGUUGGAUGUGUUUGGACGAAACAGGUGGCGGCAAGCUGCUGUACAAACCCGAGAAGGUGUGUAGGAUGAUCAUGGCCUGCUGUGUCCUGCACAAUAUGGCAAUGAAAAGUGGUGUACCACUAGACUUGCAGCCACCUUACCAACCACCUCACUACAAUGUUGGUCCUGAGCCAUUCCGGCACCCGGAAAACAGCCACGCUGUCCAAGUCCGACAGCAAUUAAUUAGACGAAUGUAGACCAAAUAAAACCUUUCAACAUUAA